AUGAGUGAUUCUCUUGAAAUAGAUAUUGACUCCGUCAUUGACAGACUGUUGGAAGUAAGAGGGUGUCGACCUGGUAAGCAAGUGCAGCUUGCAGAGUUUGAAAUCAAAUAUCUUUGUACAAAAGCGAGGGAAAUCUUUAUUUCUCAACCUAUACUUCUCGAACUUGAAGCUCCAAUAAAAAUUUGCGCAAAUUACCUUUUUCUUGGUGACUAUGUUGAUAGGGGAAAGCAAUCGUUAGAAACCAUUUGUCUUUUGUUGGCUUACAAAAUAAAAUACCCGGAAAAUUUUUUCAUUCUGCGUGGUAACCAUGAAUGCGCGAGCAUCAAUCGUAUUUAUGGUUUUUAUGAUGAAUGCAAGCGAAGAUACAAUAUCAAAUUGUGGAAAACUUUUACGGAUUGUUUCAAUUGCUUACCAAUUGCCGCAAUUAUUGACGAAAAGAUUUUCACUAUGCAUGGUGGUUUAUCACCUGAUCUUCAAAGUAUGGAACAAAUUAGAAGAGUUAUGCGACCCACAGACGUUCCAGACACUGGUCUAUUAUGCGAUUUAUUGUGGUCUGAUCCUGAUAAAGAUAUUUCCGGUUGGAGCGAAAAUGAUCGUGGUGUAUCUUUUACAUUUGGCCCAGAUGUUGUUAGUCGGUUCUUACAAAAGCAUGAUAUGGAUUUGAUAUGUAGAGCACAUCAAGCGGUGGAGGAUGGAUACGAAUUCUUUGCCAAGCGACAGUUAGUUACAUUGUUCUCGGCGCCAAACUAUUGUGGUGAAUUUGAUAAUGCUGGUGCGAUGAUGAGUGUAGACGAAACUCUCAUGUGUUCGUUUCAGAUCCUCAAACCAGCUGAAAAGAAACAGAAGUAUGCUUAUGGUGGAAUGCAGGCAGGACGACCAGUAACCCCGCCACGCAAUAAGAAGAAGAAGGAGAUGGCCAAG